GGGGUUAGAUGGAGUUGACAUAAAUCCACUUAGUUGCAUUUUCAGAAAACAUCCUAAUUUUUAAAAUGUAUAUCUGGUUCAUCAAAAUGUAUAUUUCAAAUGUUGUUUAUAUGAAGAAAAAUAUUUGUGUGAAAAAGGUGGAGUUUGUCCCGUCUUUCAAGAAUCCUUGAGCUACAGCAUCUAUUCCCAGUAUCAUUGGUCUGUAGCCUGUAGUAAAACCCCAUCACAAUGGGGGCGCUGUGAUUUGUUUCUGGUCUCGUUUCCCGCUGACAAAAACAGAAAAAAACAAUACGGAAGUAAAAUGGUAGGGAGAGUUUGUUUGGGUUUGUUUGUCCUCGUCCGCGAAAACAUACAUGCUGAAUACCCAACUUUCAGUCGACUAAAACAUGUCUAAACUACAGUCGUUUCGUGUGUUUUUAAAUGAGCGUUUAACCGCGGCAGCUGUGGAGAUUUUCGGGGCAUUUGAAGAAACGGUAGCGGAGUACCAGGAGGAGAAUGAUCGGUUACGGAGACUGCUGCAGAUCACACCGGAGAUAAAACUAUGUAGGAUAGAUUCCCUGCAGCUCUCUCUCGCUGUCUCUGAAGAGGUUCUCUGUGAGCAGGAGUGGAGCCCCAGUCUGGGGCAGGAGAACCCAGAGCUUCCACAGAUUAAAGAGGAACAGGAGGAACUCAGGACCAGUCAGAGGGAAGAGCAGCUUCAAGGGCUGGAGGCUGAUAUCAAAUUCACUCCUUCCUGUGUGAAAAGUGAAUGUGAUCAGGAGGACCUACUUCAGUCCUUGACUCUUCCCCAAACCCAGACUGUGGAGAACAGAGAGCGUGACCCUAAACAAGUGGAUCUCACACCUUUUGUUACUGUGACCCACUUUAAGGGUCUCUACAUUCCCUGUGACCCUCCAGAUAAUCAAAACAAUCCCUCCAGCCACAGCUCAGCCGUAAGCAGUGACCCAGUAGGACUUGACAGCAGCCCGCGAUUGGAUCCCAGCCCAUCGAUGGCGGAACAUUGUUCCAGCACGUCUAGAAAAACUCACCACUGCCGUGAAUGUGGUGAAAAGUUUGCUCUGAAAGCUGACCUGCAGAGGCAUAUGACUCUCUACAAGAAGAGACUCCGUGAAUGCAGUUUCUGCAGAAAACGCUGCACCUCCACCUGUAAACUAAAGGCCCAUAUCCGCCUCUGUCACAGUGGGAGACCCUGCACCUGCCCUGUUUGUGCCAAGACCUUCAAACUCAAAGGAUAUCUGUCCAAGCACAUGAGGAUUCACACAGGAGUGGGAGAGAAACCAUUUAGCUGUGGAGACUGUGGGAAAAGCUUCAAUUUGAAGGGGAACCUAAAGAACCAUAUGUUGACUCACACAGGAGAUAAAUCAUUUAGCUGUGGAGACUGUGGGAAAAGCUUCAUUCAUAAGUGGAACCUAAGGAGCCAUAUGCUGACUCACACAGGAGAGAAACCAUUUAGCUGUGGAGACUGUGGGAAAAGCUUCAAUCAGGAGGGGAACCUACGGAUCCAUAAACAGACUCACACAGGAGGGAAACCAUUUAGCUGUGAUAACUGUGGGAAAAGCUUUAAUCAGAAGGGGUCCCUAAAGAAGCAUAAACUGACUCACACAGGAGAGAAACCGUUUAGCUGUAGUGACUGUGGGAAAAGCUUCAAUCAGAAGGGGAACCUAAGAAACCAUAAACUCACUCACACAGGAGAGAAACCAUUUAGCUGUAAUGAUUGCGGAAAAAGCUUCACUCAAAAGUCUAACUUACUGACGCAUGUGAAAAAAAUACACAAAGGAGGAAAACAGGAUUAAAACUGAAAGAAAGAACAUUAUGACAAAGAUCUAUUUAGUCACAAGAUGAACAUAAAAAGUCAGGAUGUGGACAAUAUUCUGAGUACACGCUCAGACACACAUAGCUGGAAUAAGUAAAUGAAGUCUAUGAGAGAAUAGUCAGAUUAACUGAUGACUAAAAUAUUAGUGCAGAUGGCAUUGUUUUGUUACGUGCAUAGAUGUGUUAUAGGUAAUGAAUGAGUAGGGAACAGUGCAGAUGGCAUUGUUUUGUUACGUGCAUAGAUGUGUUAUAGGUAAUGAAUGAGUAGGGAACAGUGCAGAUGGCAUUGUUUUGUUACGUGCAUAGAUGUGUUAUAGGUAAUGAAUGAGUAGGGAACAGUGCAGAUGGCAUUGUUUUGUUACGUGCAUAGAUGUGUUAUAGGUAAUGAAUGAGUAGGGAACAGUGCAGAUGGCAUUGUUUUGUUACGUGCAUAGAUGUGUUAUAGGUAAUGAAUGAGUAGGGAACAGUGCAGAUGGCAUUGUUUUGUUACGUGCAUAGAUGUGUUAUAGGUAAUGAAUGAGUAGGGAACAGUGCAGAUGGCAUUGUUUUGUUACGUGCAUAGAUGUGUUAUAGGUAAUGAAUGAGUAGGGAACUUCUGAAAUUCUACAGAUUUUGUGGCACAGCAGGAAUAAACACAAACCAAAAAGUAAAAUAAUGGAAUUAAGGAAUAUAUAAAUAUUAGGAUGAGCCAUGUCGGAGUGGCAUUGACUAAAAUACAGUAGAAUAGAAUACAGUAUAUUCAUAUGAGAUGAGUAAAGCCGUAUGUAAAUAUUAUUAAAGUGAGUAGUGUUCCAUUAUGCAAGUGGCCAGUGAAUUCAAGUCUAUGUAUAUAGGGCAGCAGCCUCUAAGGUUCAGGGUUAGGUAACCGGGUGGAAGCCGCCCAAGAGAACAUUCUCAAAUAUAUGGGUGUAAAACACUGUUAGAAGCACUGUUUGUGUGGGGGUGGCUGUCCCUAGCAUUGCCAAAAGACAAAGAGCUGUGACUGGAUCAGUGGUUCACCAAUCAGGGCCUUGAUGGGCUUGGCAACAGUAACAAAGGGUGAUGUGUAAUGAAACUAGGGUGCGCGUGCCCUGGGUAAACAAUUUUUUGGGGUGGGGGGGGCAUUUCUUUAUGAGCAUCGGGUAACGUCCUCGGAACAAACCGGGAACUAGACAAAAACCUCCAGGAGAGAGCAUGGCACAACGUCACAUGAACCUUUAGGGACCAUGACACAACAUCCCAAGAAUUCCUUAAAAACGUCCUCGAGACCAGCCAGGAAUUAGACAGAUCCUCUAGGGAGCCAUGACACAACGUCCUGACGACUUUAGGCGACCAUUUUGUGACGUCCUGGGAGGUCCCAACGACUCAUUGUUUACAUAGAAGUUAUGUUAUUCAUUAAAUAAGUAACAUUUACUACGUGUUAUUUCAUAUUUUUGAUGUCUUCACUAUUAUUCUACAAUGUAUAAAAUAGUAAAAAUAAAAACCCUUGAAUGUGUAGGUGUGUCCAAACUUUUGACUGGUACUGUACAGUCGGCCAAAAGGUUUGAGAAUGACACACAAAGUUUGCUGCUUCAGUGUCUUUAGAUAUUUUCGUCAGAUGUUGCUAUGGAAUACUGAAGUAUAAUUACAAGCAUUUCAUAAGUGUCAAAGGCUUUUAUUGACAAUUACAUGAAGUUGAUGCAAAGAGUCAAUAUUUGCAGUGUUGACCCUUCUUUUUCAAGACCUCUGCAAUCCGCCCUGGCAUGCUGUCAAUUAACUUCAGGGCCACAUCCUGACUGAUGGCAGCCCAUUCUUGCAUAAUUAAUGCUUGGAGUUUGUCAGAAUUUGUGGGUUUUUGUUUGUCCACCCGCCUCUUGAGGAUUGACCACAAGUUCUCAAUGGGAUUAAGGUCUGGGGAGUUUCCUGGCCAUGGACCCAAAAUAUUGAUGUUUUGUUCCCCGAGCCACUUAUCACUUUUGCCUUAUGGCAAGGUGCUCCAUCAUGGUGGAAAAGACCUUGUUCGUUGCCAAACUGUUCCUGGAUGGUUGGGAGAAGUUGCUCUCGGAGGAUGUGUUGGUACCAUUCUUUAUUCAUGGCUGUGUUCUUAGGCAAAAUUGUGAGUGAGCCCACUCCCUUGGCUGAGAAGCAACCCCACACAUGAAUGGUCUCAGGAUGCUUUACUGUUGGCAUGACACAGGACUGAUGGUAGCGUUCACCUUGUCUUCUCCGGACAAGCUUUUUUCCGGAUGCCCCAAACAAUCGGAAAGGGGAUUCAUCAGAGAAAAUGACUUUACCCCAGUCCUCAGCAGUCCAAUCCCUGUACCUUUUGAAGAAUAUCAAAGCAAUGAUGAAGACACGUGUUUCCUUGCAGGUAACCAUGGUUGACAGAGGAAGAACAAUGAUUCCAAGCACCACCCUCCUUUUGAAGCUUCCAGUCUGUUAUUCAAACUCAAUCAGCAUGACAGAGUGAUCUCCAGCCUUGUCCUCGACAGCACUCACACCUGUGUUAACGAGAGAAUCAUUGACAUGAUGUCAGCUGGUCCUUUUGUGGCAGGGCUGAAAUGCAGUGGAAAUGUUUUUGGGGGAUUCAGUUCAUUUGCAUGGCAAAUAGGGACUUUGCAAUUAAUUGCAAUUCAUCUUAUCACUCUUCAUAACAUUCUGGAGUAUAUGCAAAUUGCCAUCAUACAAACUGAAGUAGCAGACUUUGUGAAAAUUAAUAUAUGUCAUUCUCAACACUUUUGGCCACGACUGUACAUACAUUUUACAUACAGUAAUUACAUAAUAAUACAUGACUGAACAUAGACUCCUUACUCCCACCCUCAGCCACUCUCAGCCCAUCUUACCUAUCACCAUAGACCACCGUCGUUUGAUUGACAUGUGCCAUAUAUUUAUGAAUUGUGCCGUGAUGUUUUUUAUACAUUUUGAACCUUUCUAAUCGUAUAGUAUCCACAGAUUGUGAGCCAAAGAUGUAAACCUUUACUACAAGUUAUUUCACUGACUGUGGCUUUCCAAAUUGCCCAACACUGCUAUUUGUAAGGUUCAUUUUAAAUGAAUGUUGUGUUUUUUUUUACCAUUCCUGAACCUGUGACCAGAGACAAGCUACAUAGAGGCAAUAGCAGAAUAAAUGAUCUACGGAGUCUGUCUCUGCAGCCAAAUCUACAGAGUUGAGAUUGUUGAAUGCCCCAUAUAUAUAGCAUUCUGUUGGUGGCAAGAGUGUUGUAUAACAAUUGGAAAAUCUCGAAGUGUUGAAUCAAGUGUUGUUUGUAUCAGUUCAUAAACCAUGUGCCAUGGAAUCGGUACAUCGAAAAUCUCUUCCCAUUUAUUUUGCAGCCUGUAUGGCGAAGCUGUCAACAUUUUUGUCCUCAAAUGAAACUGGUAUAUUUUUCUGUUUAUGCCAAUUCUUUCCAGCCCAUUUGUAUCUUUACUAUAUGUCAGACAAACAAGUGCCCUACCUUCUCCCUCUUCCACUUGUCUCCUCCAUUUCUGUGGUAAUGCGUCAAUCAGUUGGUUGUAUGUUUGGAUUGAACAGACAUUCCUAUAUAUUUUCAAUAGCUGCAUAUGUGACAUAACUCCUCUGUUUCUAUUCAUAAUAUUAUUAAAUAUAAUAUUUAAAGAAUGUUUUUUAUUCAUCAGUAUAUUUGAGUUUAACAUUUGUUGUAAUAUAUGUUCUAUCUUUUCUGGAGGAUAAAACUGACAUUUUAACCCA